AUGGUUGGGGAUAUGAUCAGGUCCCGUUUGUCAGGGGAAGAGCAUGAGAAGCCCGAUUUGUUCUCGUCGAUCUCGGACUACAAAGACCUUGAAUCGGGCCAGUCACUCAGCAGAAAAGAGGCUAUGGUCAGAGUCUACCAGACAGGCGGAGACACGGCUUCGACGUUAAUGGCAGCAACAUUCUUCUAUCUCUCGAGGCACCAGACGUCUAUCAGAGGUUGUCUCGUGAGAUACGUUCGAAGUUCGCUCACGGCGCCAGCAUUAAAGAUGGUCCAAUGCUGUCAAAAUGUACCUAGCUGCGCGCUGUUUUGGAUGAGACAUUGCGAAUCAGCCCUCCUGCCGGCACGACCUCGUGGAGUGACAUACCUAGCGAUGCAAAAUCCAAUCCAAUAAUCAUUGACGGCCACCUCAUUCCCGAUGGAACCCAAGUAGGAGUCAACGGCUAUGCUUUACAUCACAACGAGGCCAUCUUCCCCCAGCCUUUCGUUUUCAAACCUGAGAGGUGGCUGACAAAGGAAAAAGAAUAUACUCCCGAACAGAAGGAACUGAUCCGUUAUGCAUUGUCACCAUUUUCUAUUGGAACUCGAGCCUGCGCCGGCGAGAGCUUAGUCUAUCUAGAGGCGGGUCUUGUUAUCGUGAAGACAACAUGGUACUACGACUUUCAUGCCAGCGACACAGAUGUGAGUGGAGCUGGGCAAGAGAAGGACUUGAUCUUCAAAAUGGAAGAUCAAUUUGAUUCGCGUCAUAGUGGUCCAAUGUUGCGACUUCGGCCUCGGGGAAAAUUCCGGAAAGGAUUGUUUGAGGGCGCAAACUAGUACAGCACGCUCCUAGCUCGUGGUUUGUACGCCUGCAU